AUGUCUCUGUUAUCAGACAGGCAGAAAGAUGACCUAUCUCGUUUCGCGUAUGCUGACAUUUUACUCGUUUCGAGGCAUAAAGCCAUGCUCGACUAUCUAUACGCAAAUAACCACACCGCGGCGUUCAACGCUCUGAAAGAGUCAGCAGGAAUUACCUACACUCCAGAUCCAACCGCUCGAUACACCGGCCUUCUCGAGAAGAAAUGGACAAGUGUAAUUCGAUUGCAGAAGAAGAUUAUGGAACUAGAGAACAGAAACGCCGCACUACAAGAAGAAUUAUCCAUGUCCCCAGCCAGACGCGCCGCCUCGCAGGCAGACUGGUUACCGCGAGCGCCAGCGGCGCACGUCCUCACCGGCCAUCGCGCCCCUCUCACCAGCAUAGCCUUCCACCCGCAAUACUCCAUCCUUGCAUCAGCCAGCGAAGACACCACAGUCAAGAUCUGGGACUGGGAAACGGGCGAAUUCGAACGCACUCUCAAAGGCCAUACCAAGCCUGUCAACGACCUCGACUUUGAUCAUAAAGGCCAUCUCUUGGUGACGUGUUCGUCAGACCUAUUCAUCAAGAUCUGGGAUUCACAGAAUGAAUGGAAGAACACGAAGACGUUUGUAGGACACGACCACGCCGUAUCAGCCGUACGCUUCAUGCCUGGAGAUCAGCUUAUCGUGAGCGCGAGUAGAGAUCGGACAAUAAGAGUAUUCGAUGUGGCUUCAACACACCAAGUUAGAACGCUGUCGGGACACUCAGAAUGGGUUCGGUGUGUGAUACCCUCCGCAGAUGGUACCAUGUUGGCGAGCGGUUCGAAGGAUCAGACUGUUCGGCUAUGGGAUCCCUUGACUGGAGAGCCCAAGUCGGAGCUGCGAGGGCACGAGAACGACGUGGAAGCUGUCGCCUUCGCCCCUAUAUCCGCUUAUGCCGCUAUUCGAGAGUUGGCGGGUAUCCCUAACGAUCGAACGAAACGCCACGGGCUCUUCCUUGCGUCAGGAGCUCGAGACAAGACUGUCAAGCUUUGGGACACGCAAACUGGCCAAAUGAUUCGCAACCUUGCGGGCCACGACAAUUGGGUCCGCGCCCUCGCUUUCCACCCCUCCGGCAAAUACCUCCUCUCCUCCUCUGACGACAAAACUGUACGCGUAUGGGAACUCUCCACGGGACGGUGCCUCAGAAUAGUAGAAGCCCACUCGCAUUUCGUCGCCGCCCUCGCUUGGGGAAGACAAGCAGCGGGUAAAUCGGGCAGCGAAAAGAAGGUGAACGGGGUGGACUCGGUGGAUGCAGAGCCGGAGAAGGUGGUGAAUGUGGUGGCAACGGGCAGUGUGGACGAGACGAUUAAGAUCUGGCUGCCCUGA